CACCUCCAACAACUCUCAAGAAGCUCACUACCAUCCGCGACAAAGCAGCCCUCUUGAUAGGCCCCACAUGUAUAAACACUCGCUGUCUUUACCACUGAUGUUCGGUAGCAGCAGCGUGUACUAUCCACAAGAUGCUCUGCAGAAAUUCACCAAGCUUUCUUGGACAGCAUCUUCCAAACCCAUGAGCACUUCCAUCUAGGAGGACAAGGGCAGCAGAUAUAUGGGAAUACCACCACCUGCAAAUUCCCCUUCAAGACACCUUGACUUGGAAAUGUAUCCCCACUCUUUUAGUAUUGCUGGGUCAAAGUCAUGGAAGUUUCUCCUAAGGCAUCAUGGGUCAACUUUCAGUGUGUGGAUUAUGGCAGCUUAAGAAGGCAGCACACCACCACCUUCUCGAGGGUGCUAGAGAUGGGCAAUAAAUACUGGCUCAUCAUCGACGAACCACAAUCAGCCUUUGAACUGUGCAUAGAAAAAAGGGGCAGGUCUGAGCCUUGCUGUCAACAAAGUGUGCCUAUCAACUGAAGAUGCUGAGGUGACAUUUGCAAGCAAGAAGCUUAACAUAGAAGCUGUAUAUUCAAGCCCUUCCUACCUAGACGCUGUGCCUUUACCAUAUGGCUAGAGUUGGCUUUUCUUGUUUGUUUCCGGCAUCUUGGCACUUCAGUCUGUCGCUCAGAAACACCACAGCCCGUCAGAAAGUAGUGUUUGUAGCUGUUGUCCUCACUUUCUGUUUACUGUUCUUUCUGAUUUUUGUGGAGUAUCAGCAUUGGAGAUCACCACUCAGGGACAAAGAGCUGGAAAAGUAUCUGGCCAGAAUUGAAGAUAUGGAAGCUACAGAUACCAAUGAUGCAGACCUCAACUAUGGAGUGGUAAUAGACUGUGGAAGUAGUGGAUCCAGGGUGUUUGUGUAUUUUUGGCCACAGCACAAUGGUAACCCUCACGACUUGCUCGACAUCAGGCAGAUGAAGGACAAAAACAGGAAGCCGGUGGUUAAGAAAAUCAAACCAGGUAUCUCGACACUGGCCUCCUCCCCAGCGAAAGCCACCGAUUAUCUCCGUCCUCUUCUACAGUUUGCUGCUGGAUAUGUUCCUGCUGCCAAACACAAAGAGACACCAUUGUAUAUCCUGUGUACUGCUGGCAUGAGGCUGCUACCAGAAAGCCAACAGAAUGCUAUUCUUGAGGACCUCUACACUGAUGUGCCGGUCGAAUUUGACUUCCUGUUUUCUGAGUCCCAUGCGGAGGUGAUUUCUGGUAAACAAGAAGGAGUCUAUGCCUGGAUUGGAAUCAAUUUUGUUCUUGGAAGAUUUGACCACAUUGAAGAUGAUGAUGAUGCACGAGUUGCAGUGACUGUCUCCAGCAAUCCCAACCAAGGUCCUGUGAUUCGCAAGCGGACAGUUGGCAUACUGGACAUGGGAGGAGCUUCUGUUCAAAUUGCGUACGAGGUGACGAAUCCUGUAAGCUUUGUCUCACCAGAACAGGAAGAAGCUGCUAAAGGUUUAUUGGCUGAAUUCAAUCUCGGCUGUGACUUGCAUCAUACUGAGCAUGUGUACAGGGUCUACGUAACUACCUUCCUGGGAUUUGGUGGGAAUUACGCACGGCAACUCUAUGAAGAUCUAAUUUUCAAUAAUACCACUGCCACGAAUAGGCUGCUUGGCCAAUAUAUGGGUUUCAGCGCAGAGACCCCCUACCUCGAUCCUUGCUUGUCAGUUGAAACAACCGACAUCAUUCAAAAGGAUGAACAGACAGUGCACUUGAAGGGUGCCGGGAACUUUGAUGAGUGCUGCAAACUAAUAAAACCAUUCCUGAACAAAGGGAAUGAGGCAAACACAUCCCUCAAUGGGGUUUAUCAGUCACCCAUUGACUUCCAUAAUAGUGAAUUCUAUGGAUUCUCUGAGUUUUAUUACUGUACCGAAGACGUAUUGCGCAUGGGAGGUCACUAUGAUGGUGUUAAAUACACAAAAGCAGCAAAGGAUUACUGCGCUACCAAAUGGGCAACGUUAAAGGAACGGUUUGAUCUCAAUCUGUUUUCAUCACAUGCUGACCUUCACAGAUUGAAAUAUCAGUGUUUUAAAUCUGCGUGGAUGCACGAGGUAUUACACAGUGGUUUUAACUUCCCAGCUGACUAUUCCAACCUGAAGACAGCUCAACUGGUGUAUGAUAAGGAGGUGCAAUGGACACUGGGAGCAAUUCUUUAUAAAACUCGCUUUCUACCUCUCAGGGACCUCCAGCGAGAAUCUGGAAAAGCAAACCAUUCUAGCUGGCUGCGUAUCUCCUUUGUCUACAACCACUACCUGUUCUUCGCCUGUUUCUUUGUGGUCCUGCUCGCCAUUGCCCUGUACAUCUUGCGGCUGCGGCGGAUUCACAGGCGGGCACAGCGGGAGCUACUGUGGAUGGAGGAGGACAAUUCAUCGACUGAGGUGCUCUGACUUGCAACACAGUGAGCGAGGUGCUUCUGAUUCAUCGAUCCAUCAGAAAACAUUCCAUCACCCUCUUCAGCAUAUUCCAGGUCAAAUUUCAAGUAGACCGUGGGCAGAAGCCUUUCAGAUACCUCAAUUAUUUGUUUCGUCUGGAAUCUCCUGCCUUUGGAUAACGUUGUCCUGUUCCAAUCCUCUGUCUUCCUUUUUGAAGUUGGAGGUAGUCAAACAUUCAGUAAUGUGUAUUUAUUUUACUGCACCAUGUGAUGUUGGGGUGCUAAGUGAUACAUUUGAAAUUGUGAUGAUUUAUAUGAUGUCUUGAUACUGCGUCCUGCCUGCAUUAAUUAUCCUCCAGUGUUGCUCCAGGGAAGGCAGUGGGAGCACACCUGAUCUUUUGGGAUUCUCUCCUCCUGCAGCACUCCCCGUGACCUGUUCCCACCGUUCUCCCUCAUUUCGGGAGUGAAAAGUCAGCUGAGAUACUGUGCCUGAGUGAGGUUCGACCCACAACCUUCUCAGAAAUUAGUGUUAUAAACUGAGCCAGGCUCAACAAGCCAAAGUUAUCUAGCAUCUACUCUAAGAGUGAAUACAAUGCAGCUAGAAUGAAGAAGCCAUUCCAACAAGGAUUCAAAUGGGAAAGCAAACUGACAUUUUUCACUUAAAUUUUCUUACUCGUUCACAUGAUGAGGAUAUCGGAUGGGCCAGUAUUUAUUGCCCUUCCCCAAUUGCCCAGAGGACUGUUGAGAGUGAACUGCUUUGCUGUGGGUCUGGAAUCACUUAUAGGCCAGACCAAGUGAGGGUAGCAGUUCCCUUCUCUAAAGGACAUUAGUGAACCAGAUGGGAUUUUCCCGCAAUCAGCAAUGGAUUCGUGGUCAUCGUUAGACUUUUAAUUUCAGAUUUUUACUGAAUUCAAAUUCCACCAUCUGCCAUGGCAAGAUUCAAACCCAGGUCCCCAGAACAUUACCUGGAACUCUGGAUUAACAAUCCAGCAGUAAUACCACUAGGCCAUUGCCUCCCCUGAAUUGGAAUAGAUGAUCGAUAAAACCACUGACAUGUGAUUUUCAUGAGGAAGUCUAAAGGACAGAAUAAUUCAAAAUGAUCCCCUAACUCCUGGUGAAAACCGCUGAAACCACCGUAGUCUGGGCCAUUCGGUCCAGCAACGCAGUGCUAUUGAAGGCCAUUACAGGUUUGCAUAGAGCUGUGUGAAAAUUAAACCUGGAUUUUCACCAACCAGAUUUUAUUCUCCAUGCUGAAACUGUGCCUGAGUUGCAAGAAAUUUAAAUAAAAAAUUAGCUCAUUGGGUGAACUGCUACAGUCCGUAGGAGCAUCCACUGUGCUCGAAUGUACAGUGAUGGGUGUAGUGACUUUCUCUUGCGUAUUGAAGAACGCAUACAUUUGCUGUUGAUCUGUGCUCUAUUUCUGUGUUGAGGGUGAGAAUACUAUGCUUGGAAGCAUUAUGUAAUUCAAGAGCCCAGGCUUCAUCUCCUUGUCACUGCCAAGGUAGCACAGGAGAAAUGUAUGCUGGAAGGAGGCAGAGGUUGAGAGGAGUGUGGACUCGCUCUCUGUCUGUUCUGCUCCGAUUCCAAGUGUCACAUGCUUUUGCAGCAUGAAUUAUUACCAGCUGCUUGAAAUUUGAAAAAUGUAUUGCUUGGCAUUCCCUUCAACUAUUGCCAUGUAAUUCUUGGAAAUCAUUCUGACCCACAUGAGCACAGUCUUGCAGAGCGGUUAUCACACCCUGACAGGACGGUUGUGCAUUGUUUUUUGGUCAAAUGAUUUCCCCUACUUCAAACUCAAAAUGUCACAUCACAGAAGUUGUUGUUAACUUUGAAAUUUCCUGUGAUGGAAUGGGAAGACGUUUACAGAUCCAGCGCUCCAUUGUUUUGAUUUGAACCCUGUGCGUGUGUGAUCUGAGAUAACGCUACACACUUGGGGUUGCUGUUGCUGCUAAAUUGUGGGUAAUUUUUCUUCAAAGAGCUGGGCACUUUUUAGAGAAAUUAUUGCAGACCAAAUGAUUGAAUGUUUGUCUCUUAUUUUUAAACAAAAGAUUUUUCUAAUUUAGGAAUGUGCGUGCUGAAGCAUUUUUCUGAGCCUAAACGAAAGCAAAGGACUUAAUAACGCCGUUUUCACGAGCCUGAGACAUUCCAGUGUGCUUCCUCGUCAUUGAAGUACCUUGGAAAUGUUGCCAUGUGGGAAAUGCAGCUGUCAAUGUGUGCUUAGUAAGAUCCCACAAGUAGCAAACAUGGUAUUGACCAAGUUUUAAUUGGGUAGAUUGAGGAAUAACUGUUUACCAGGAAACGGGAUAAUCCCCUGCUGUCCUUUAAGAUAGGAUCAUGGUAUCUUAUACGUUCAUUUGAGAAAGUAAACAGGGUCUUGAAUUAAUAUGUCACAUCUGAAAGUCAUUCCUUCAGCGGUAGAUUUUUGUACCCAGGUCUGGGGGUAUGACUCAAGUUUCUGAAUGCAACCCAAGAAGAUGGGAUGAGGUUGUUUGUUCUGUAAGACUCCUGUGUGAAAUGAGCCUGGCCACUUGUGAUCCAGCUGCACUAUAACUAGUUAUGUCCACAAUAUUAAACUUCGUGGUUCAGCCAUAGGGUGGCGAUUAUCAAGUAGAAACGAUAAUGAAAGAACCUAUGUUUAAAUGAGAUGUUUCAGGUACUCAAGAUGCUCCAAAACACUCCACAGAAAUGUUGAAGUGUUAUCUUUGGUGAAAUGUGCACUGUAGGGAAUAAGCUGUACCAGUGACAUUUUAAUGUUGAGAUUAAAGUAUGUUCCUGCCUUUGUUCUCCAUCUAAUUGUUUCUCUACUUGGCUUUGGGCGCUGUUGAUGGAAAUAUGCCCUAUUCCAUUUACAGCCAUCAGUUAGCUGAGCAAUGAUUCUUGUCUUCUCCUGUGUUUCCCACUACAAGAGUAUUUGUAACCUGGAGCUCACUAUUUGUCUCCCAUAGCUAGUUUGCCACCUCCCAUCAUUCAAGCUAACAAACCCACACCAUAUAGAGACCACCUGGGAGAUUUCCUAGCAGCUACAGUUCCAUACUGGAAGUACUACAGCAUUUCACAUUAUCUAUCUUCCGUUACUGGGAACGAUUGAGAGGACAUCAGGGUUUAAGUCAGAGCACUGCUCAGUUGAGACCGUUGUUGCCACUGAGGCAGAAGGUUGUGGAUACAAAUCCCUGUGCAAAGACUUGAGCCCAUAAUCCAGGCUGACACUGUAGUGCAAUACUUGGGGAAUAAUUUUGAAUGUAAUUGGUUAAACCGAGGACACAUCUAGCCCCUCCAGUGGACAUUAAAAAUCCCAGUGGUGUUUUUUUUAAAAGGUGGGUACACCCUGCCUGGCAAAUAAUUAUCUCUCAAGUGCUGUCACUCUUUUUAAAAAAAAAAUUCUAAUUAUUGCAGUUUAUGGGAUCUCAUUGUGCACAAGUUGGCUCCCACAAUUCCUACUUUGUAGAGCAAUCUCAUUUCAAAAAAGACAAAAACUAUAAACUGCUGUGACGCACCCUGAGGUUAACUUAUAAUUCUUUCGUAAAUAAAACAGAACUCACUGGACUCAAUGUUAACUCUGCUUUCUCUCCGCAGAUGCUGCCAGACCUGCUGAGUUUCUCCAGCAAUUUAUGGUUUUGAUUGAUCCUUGCGUAGAACUUCUCAUGCAUGGCCGUUACACAAGAGGCAGGACUGGGAUGAACCACUGCCUUCGAUGUUUGUUUGUCUCUGCUGUUACAGUUCAGCAACUAUUUAACCUCCUGUCAGCAACCAUUGUUCUCACCAUAGGCAGGCUGUGCACACAUUCCAUCAAUGUACCUGUUGCAAUGGAUAACCUGUGUGAAACUUCCUGUUUCACUGUCAGGAACUCUCCUGUGAGAAUUGUUCCAUGACUGCACCAAUACACUGGAUCUGCUGAUGUCAGUGGCAACAUUUUUAGAAAAAUGGCUUUGGACAAUAGUCAUUGAAGAUUUUACUGCAGUGUCAUUUGACUAUAUUUUCUUCCUCAGCACGAUUGGAUUUGGAUAAUUUCCCUUUGUUUUAAGCCAGUAGUGCUUGCAGUACAUUUCUCCUUCAACAGUAAGGCAGUGAAAACUGCUGAACAUACUUUUUCUUAAGAGUUAUGUUUUUUAUAGCUAUAUUUUUCUUCGUCAUUUUGUUCAGUUGUGAGGGACAUGGGAAAUUGUCAAAAUGACAGUUACUCACUCUACACCCAGUACAAAGUGUACAAGUGACAGAAGUUGAGCUUGGCUCAGAUUUUCUUCCCCUACCCACCUCGUUCCAGUGGGAAAAUAAAUUGUUGUUUUCUGCCACUCUGAUUAUUGACCUUGACCCCGUCAAAACUUAGAAAAUGUCCUCAUCCUGCCAAUCUGUGCAGUAGUAACAUUAGACUCCUACUGCCAUCGGACCCAAAUAUGGAGUUCUGAGUUAUCCUGUACAGACAAGAGGAAAAACCUCUACAAUAGCUUUGUUUUGGAAACCAGUUCGAACAGUCAACACACAGAUCUGUUGUUAAGCUGCAGGCAAUUUGGAAACUCCCCCAGCUGAUAAACAAAUUACCAGACAUAGUCCAAUAUUGUACAGAUGAGAACGGCUCAAUGCGGAGCCAGGUAGAGCAGCAUUUGGUAGCAAUACAGUCGGACUUAGAACUCUGAACUGGGAAGUGAGUUGGAGGUAGCAAAUGCUGUGGUUCCUCCUUGUUAGGCAAUAAUCAACAUAGAAGACUGCAUUCACAUCAGUUGUGGUGCUCUGCACUUUCUAAUGGCUGCUGUCAAAACACACACAUGAAUAUCCUGUUGUAAAUCACAGACUGCUGGAGCAAAAAGAUAAUAGGAAAGAAGAAAAGAAAAACAAUAUUGAACUCAAUUUAUUAUUCCCAAUUUACUCCCCACUGAACCAUAUCUCAUUAAUAAGCUCUAAGCUUCAGCAAGGACAUGAUCACUGUUCAUGUUGACUCUUUCUUGACCGACAGUAGGCAAUCCUGAACUUUAGUUCCAAAGUCUAAUGUUCCUUUGGGGGUAACCUAAAUUCCUGUCAUAAAUGUGCUGUGUACAGCCCAAAGAAGGUAGCAGUACCGGUCACUGCAUUCUGUUAAUUGUUCAGUUUGGAGCUGAAGCUUGAAAGCUUGUCAGUGGAAGUCUCAAAUGGCAGCACAACAUGUACUGGUGAACUGUACUGGCAAAUGCAAUGGAUUGCUGUUUUGUUUUAACCCAGUGUAUUGUUGGUUAGAUUCUACCUCCACCAAACCCUGAACUGCGUUCUACUGAGGGUAUCCACCCAAUAGCAUUUGAAAAUACAUGGAAGGAAGGUAAAUUCCAGUGUUUGUCAGUGUAUUGAUACUGAUAAAAUACAAGUCCAAUCAACUGAAACAUGUAUGAGCAUUUAACUCAGCCUAACUCAUUCAUUUACAUGUAUUCCAGCAUUAUAUAAUGCUCCCUUCAGUCUUGUAACCAAGGCUCAAAGUCAAACAGAUUUGCUCUAAUUGAAUUAUAUGCUUGUAUUCUAGCAUGAGGGAUAAAAUUUAAAACUUGAAUUGUUUUUAAUAUUAUAUCUAAGCACAUAUAAUGCAAUUAUUGAGCAAAACAGUGCAUUUUAUUUGAUUUUUUUGCUUUGAAAUUAUGAAUGUCAUUGGCAAAGCUAGCAUUAAUUUCCAAUCCAUAAUUGACAGCUCCAGUUUUGCACUGGCAUUCAUUCCAAACAGGCUGCUUAUCAUUCCUUAGUGUCGACCUGAUAAUUUUGUCUCACUGAUUGAUAGGACAGAGCUUUGUAUCCAAAGAUUACUGUUCCUGUCCCCAGCUGGUAAGAGACCAAAGUACAGCUUUGUAACAUUUCAUGACAGCCUAGUGCUGGCAACUCAAUAAGGAAUAAAAUUGACAGAUGCCUAAAAUAUUUCCAGGUGAUUUUAACUUCAAAGUUUAUCUCUUUUCAUUUGUAAACAUGCUACAGGUUAAUCAAUAGCCAAUGCCUGGGCAGCACAAUGUAUACAAUCAAGCCAAGUGCAGGUUUUCAUAUCACUUGAAGUUCAACCUAAGUCAGGUUUAACAUUCAUUGUUUAAAGUUCAGGAAUGAUUGUCCCUCUGCUGAGUCAUGAGACUGGUUAAUUUGUAUCUUUUAAAUCACAGUUGAAUGUUUGUGUUUAUUGAGUGAUAUUCAGAUUAUUUCCUUUGUUUCGUAUUGCUUGGUCAGACCUGAUGUACUGGUGAAUCUAUUUAAUAAUGUAUAUUCGUCUAGA